CGUGGUAUUCCAUGGCGUGGAGGAAUCGCAUUUUGUUUAACCGCUCACCUGCUGAAGACCCUCGGGACUGAUUCUGGGUAACUGUUAUAUAAAAUGGAGUGGCCGUCCUACCUGCCCCUCAGAACCUCUCUGUACAUUCAACCAACAUGAAGCACAUCCUGACGUGGAGCCCGGUGGUUGUACCUGGACAAACAAUAUACUAUUCUGUCCAGUACCAGGGGGAGUACGAGAGCCUGUACCUGAGCCACAUGUGGAUCCCCAGCCACUGGGACUCGCCUAUCGCAAAACCUGAGUGCGAUGUCACUGAUGACAUCACUGCCACUGUGUGGUACAACUUCCGGGUCAGUGCCACGCUGGGCUCUCAGACCUCAGCUUGGAGCAUCCUGGAGCACCCCUUUAAUCGAAACUCAACCGUCCUCACCCCACCCAAGACAGAGGUCACCAAGGAUGGCUCCCACAUGGUGAUCGAGCUGGAAGACCUGGGGCCUCACUUAGAGUUCAACGUGGUCUACUGGAGGAGUGAGCCCGAUGCCGAGGAACGCAGCAAACUGAUAAAGAAUGGCGGCAUUUCUGUGCACCUGCAGACCAUGGAGCCGGGGGCCAAGUACUGUGCAAAGGCCCAGACACUCGUGAAGGCCAUUGAGAGGCGGAGUGCCUUCAGCCGGGUGGAAUGUGUGGAGGUUGAAGGAGAGGCCCUCCCCCUGGCAUUGGCCCUGUUUGCGUUUGUGGGCUUCCUGCUGACCCUUGCGCUUGUGCCACUCUUCAUCUGGAAAGUGGGCAAGGUGCUCCGGGACUCCUGCUGCCCCACCGUGGUCCUCCCUGACACCUUGAAAAUAACCAAUUCACCCCAGAAGUUAAUCAGCAGCAGAAAGGAGGAAGUGGAGCCCUGUGCCAUGUCUGUGCUGUCUUCUGAGGACCUCCUCAGGGCCUGGAUCUAACGGGCGUGGGAAAGCGCAGGCGGAGCGGAGCACCAGGUGUGCACAACACUGGAGCCGUGAAGAGGAAGGCUGUGUUUCUGUUUUCCUCCGUGGACAAGAGGCAAGGGAACAAGAAGAGCCUGUCCUGUCCUUGCCUACAUGCAACUGUCCGAGGCAGAGAGCUUCAGUGGACAGAGAGAGCAGUGACUGAAGGUCAGGAGAUAUGAACAUGACAUCGGAGUCGGCUGCCAUUCACUAGCUGAAAGACCCUAGAGAAAAUGACUUAAUCUGUCUGGUCCACCAUUUUCUCACCUGUAAAAUGGGAUUAACUAUACAAAAAACAUACAUAUGUAUAUACAAGUGCAUGUAAUCAUAUAUGCUAGCACUUGUAGGACUAUAGAAAACCAUUAUGCUCUGUUUAGCUUUUCUGGGGAGUAAGAUAUAAAUGCUCAGGAACUAUCAAACUCAUGACUGUACACACCAGUUGGCUUAGAGACCCUGUGUCCCCAGGAAACAGGGAAGAGGAGAAGAAGGGUGAGUGUAAUGCAGAGGUGACUUGUUCAGUAAAGUGCACAGUUCACGAUCUUGGUGGGGGGUGUGCAUACCCCACUGAAAAUGAGUGGCACCUGAUUCUGUGGGGACAAGAAAUAUUGUGAAGUGUAACAUACUGUGCGCAUUGCAGGCCACAGGUAGAAUGUGAACGUGAGGCUGAUAAUAGGUGUGGUGCCUUCUGUGUUCCUUUUUCCUGUGGAAUUGUUAAUGCAGGGAACACAAAUGGAGUAGGGUGACCCUCGGUCAUCUUUUUGUCAAAAAGUGGUCUUUCGGGUUUGUGUUAAGUCAUUAGCUGUGAGUUCAAAGCAACCCGGGAAGGAUGCCUAGGGCAUGUCCUAAAGCAAGGAGGAGAGUAGGACCAGUCCUCACCCUGCAGUUCAGGGGCUACCUGGGUUUGGGGCCUUCUAGAGAACGCCCAACUGAAGCAGUGGUUACAGACCCACCCGGUCAGGAAAAUGGUGAGUCUCUCCUGGGGACCUCAGGAAAUGUCAUUGGGACCCUCUCCCCCUUGAAAAGGGGCCCUGGUGGCAUUGUGGUUACCAGAUGGGCUCUUAAUCCCAAGGUCAGUAGUUUGA